UUGAUGCUCUUAGCCCUAGCUAAUGAUGGGUCAUACCGUACAGAACUAGGACCGACUCGUUUCCUGCUUGCGUUGCUUUGCUUCGUUUGGCUUCGAUCGUCUCUGUUUUUCUCCCCCAAUUCUGUCAGUCUAAUAAUCUCAUCACAUCGUUUUGGCCAUCAAGUUCCGCCAUUAAUAUAUAAGCUCCCAACAAAAAAGGGAAUCCAGGUUUGUUCGUCAUAAGAAGAUGGGUAGACAGAAGGGAGAGGCAGCAAGAAGCAAAGCUCGUCCUUCCAGCAGCAGUUUAGCAGCUUCGCUGCUACCAUCAGGUGCUACAGCUGUUGGAUUUGGGGGUUAUGUCGGAAGUUCACGAAUUGAUACUUCUACACCGAUAACCCAAGACACUGAUUCUCCUUUCUUGGACAUAGAUGCUGAAUUGGCACAACAUCUGAAGAGACUUGCCAGAAAAGAUCCAACCACAAAGCUGAAGGCUUUGACAACUUUGUCUACACUGCUUAAGCAAAAAUCUGCAAAGGAUGUAUCACCAAUUAUUCCUCAAUGGGCAUUUGAAUACAAGAAGCUAUUGUUGGACUACAACAGGGAGGUUCGCAGAGCUACGCAUGAGACUAUGGCUAAUCUUGUCAGCACUGUUGGGAGAGAAUUGGCUCCACAUUUGAAGUCUUUGAUGGGCCCUUGGUGGUUUUCUCAGUUUGAUGCAGUUCAUGAAGUUUCACAAGCUGCAAAAAGAUCAUUCCAGGCUGCAUUUCCUGUACAAGAGAAAAGAUUGGAUGCUCUAAUGUUAUGUACAGAUGAUGUGUUCAUGUAUUUAGAAGAGAAUUUGAAGCUCACUCCACAAAGUAUGUCUGAUAAAGCAGUUGCUUUGGAUGAGCUACAAGAGAUGCAUCAACAGGUUAUUUCAUCAUCCUUACUAUCAUUGGCUACACUUCUUGAUAUUCUCACAAAUGAAAAACACGCUUCAGAAAACUCAAAUUCUGAACUAAAACAUGCCCUCAAAGCAAGAUCAACUGCAAUAUCUCAUGCUGAAAAGUUAAUUUCAGUUCAUAAAUGUUUCAUGGAGUUUCUUAAAUCCUCAAGCCCUGCUAUCCGAUCAGCGGCAUACUCACUUAUCAGAAGUUAUAUCAAAAACAUUCCUCAUGCUCUAAAUGAAGCAAAUAUAAAAACUCUAUCACCUUCAAUACUUGGUGCAUUUCAAGAAAAGGAUCCCACGUGUCAUUCUUCAAUGUGGGAAGCAAUACUACAUUUUUCUAGAAGGUUCCCUGAGAGUUGGAAUACUUUGAGUGUUCAGAAAAUUGUGCUUAAUCGGUUUUGGAGCUUUUUAAGAAACGGUUGCUUUGGAUCGCGACAAGUGUCCUACCCAGCUUUAGUUUUGUUUUUGGAUUGUGUGCCUGAUAAGGCGAUAACAAAGGAUAGAUUUUUUUUAGAAUUCUUUCAGAGUUUUUGGGGGGGAAAAGUUCAUUCAGAGUCCUCAAAUGCUGAUCAAUUGGUGUUUUUUAAGUCAUACUGUGAAUGUUUUCUCUGGGCAUUACAAAAUGCUGAAAGAUAUUGUGAAGGAUUAGAAGAAAUCCAUCAAUUUCAGCAUACCCUUGUGGAUGAAGUGUUACUAAAGUUAUUAUGGCAUGACUACCUCAUGGUUCCAGUCUCCAGGCAGUUGACCAACAUUGACCACAUCCAAGAAUUUGGAAAAUGCAUAACUGAGAUCCUUUCCAGCUUAUUUUCUCUAAAUCCCAAUCUUUUAUCAUCCUUUUGCUCAACAUUUGAAGAGAAUUGUCUAAAUGCAUUUCAACAAACCGAAAACAGUGAAAACAUAGAGAAAAUCAUCAGAUUUUUGUUGUUAGUUGACAAACAUGCUGUGCAAAAAGGUGACUCGUGGCCCUUAUCGUAUCUAGUGGGCCCCAUGUUGCCCAAAUCUUUCAAGCUAAUCCAAACCAUUGAUUCUUCAAAUGCUGUGAAAUUUAUGGUGGUUGCUGUUUCAACAUUUGGACCACGUAAGGUUGUUCAAGAAAUUGUGCAAGAACAAAAUAAAGAUAUGAACUUGAAGCAGUUUUUGCAAUAUUAUAAGGACAUUUUUGUCCCUUGGUGUUUGCAAACAAAUAGCUCCUCCAUUUUGGCUAGAUUGGAUCUCUUGCUUGCAUUACUAGAUGAUGAGUGUUUCUCUGAGCAAUGGGAUAGUAUAGUUUUACAUGCCACUGGAAUCCAUGAUUCCGAUCAUACUUUGGUAUUGACACUUCUCAUGGAGAAAACAAGAGAAGAAAUUAUAAAGAGGAAAGUGGAUCCCAAAAACUGGCAUCAUGAGCUUCUUGAUUCUACUGCUCUUUUGAUUAGUCAUUCUUCUCCCCCCUUUGGAUCUUCCAAUGCGCGAUUUAUCCGUGCUGUUCUUGGAGGCAUAACAGAAGAGGAUCAAAUCAUCUUACUAAGUGAGAACACAUCAAUCUUGAUUUUUGAAGAAAUCUUCCAAAAGUUACAAACUUUCAUUCAGACUUCCAACUUCACUUGGGUCAGAAACGCCAAUUCAUUGCUAAAUGUUGAAAAACACGUAACAAUCAAAGAACAUGAAAGUGUACUUGAAAUAGCCACUUUUUCAUUGGAAGUUCUCAAAGGCACAUUUUUCAGAUUAAAAUCUCUUACCCAAAAUCCACACUUACUUCCAUCUAUUUUGGCUGUGUUAUUUGUCAUCGAUUGGGAGCAUGCCAUGUCAGCAUUGUUCUAUGACGGAGUUGAUGACGUGGCAUACGCUAAAGUCGUGGAUCGAAUCGGUUUUUGUAAAUCUGUGCAUGAUUAUCGUUGUGAGAUGAAUACUUUUUUUAAGAAUUUGAGCUUAGAUUGUAGGAGAGUAUUGGGUAGUAUGCUGGUGCAGGUGAUACGGUGGGGUGUAGUUAAUGAAGAAAAGUUGGAUGUUGAUAAAGUGACUUCUCUUGGAUGCCUUUUUGUUUUAGAGGUUUUGGAUAGUCUUUGUGAAGGGCAUAUUGAGGAACAAAUGUUGUUAGAUGAGCUUUUGAAGAAGGAUGAUUCUUGGCCUUUGUGGAUCGUUCCUGAUAUUAAAAAUAGACAAAGAUCGGGUGCUUUGAAAGUCGAUAUCGUUUCUUCCAAUGCAUCCGAGUGUCACCAAAUGGCCAGUUUUGUCGACAAGCUUAUAUCCAAACUCGGUAUUUCGCGAGUUAUUGCAGGUUUUGAAUUGUCCACAUCAUCGUCCAAUGACGUGGCGCCACAUCAUCCUCAUUACCCACGUGCUUGGCUUGCAGCUGAGAUGCUAUGCACAUGGAAAUGGGAUAGUGGUAGUGCUUUAAGCUCAUUUUUACCUUCUUUGAUUCAAUACACAAAGAAUCAAGAUUCGUGUUUUACUAACAACUUAUUCGACCCCAUUGUCCACAUUUUACUUGAUGGUGCUCUUGAAAAAACAAUAAAAAAGUUAAGUUUUUUCGGUAUUUAUCCGGCCCCACAUGAUGAAUUGGAGAGUAUUGAAGAAGUGUUUGUGAGAAGUCUUGUGGCGAUACUAAAUACACUUUUUGGGGGUAGUAUUUGGGGAAAAGAGAAAGCUUUUGGACUUUUUCAUCUGCUUGUGGAUAGACUUUUUGUAGGUGAAGACAUAAACCUAGAUUGUUUAAAGAUACUUCCUGUAGUUAUGAGUGUCCUUAUUGGACCAUUGAGUUCUCAAGAUGAUGAAUCUGGAAAUGACGAAAAUGACCCUUUGAAGGGAAACCAAAUACCUGAUAUAAUCAAAGGAUGGAUCGAGAGAAUUCUUUCUUUCCCACCUUUGAACACAUGGGAAUCAGGAGAAGAUAUGGAGGAUUGGUUUCAUCUUGUGAUAUCAUGCUACCCAAUCAGACCAACAAAAGGAACGCAAGGUUUUAAACCACAAAGACACAUCACCCAAAUGGAACGAAAUCUCCUCCUCACGUUACUUCGGAAUCAGCGAUUCCAUUCCGCCACUUACAACACCGUCAACAAACUUCCAGUUGUCCAAAUGUUGUUAUCAAAGCUAACCGUGGUUACAAUCGGAUACUGUUGGACAGAAUUCAACGAAGAAGAUUGGGAAUUUCUUUUGUAUAAAUCAAGAUGGUGGAUCGAAUCCUCUGUUGUCUCAAUGGAGGAAAUCGCCGAAUCCGUGAACGACAUAAUCACCGGAACUUCCAAUUCCAAUUCCAAUUCAAAUUCCGGUGUACCCGAGAAUCUCCGGCGUAUAGUUUCCGAUUUCGAUUCCAUUCCUUUAAAACUUGCAACAAACGCACUUAUCGCGUUCUCAAUGUUUCGUGGAUUAAUCAGGAAACAAACUACAGAAAACGAAAAUGAAAAUGAAAAUGAUCUGAAUCCAUUAAGAGCUGAGAAGUUUGAUGCUAUUAAAGAUCGGAUUCUAGAAGGUAUUCUUCGGUUGUUCUUUUCAACAGGUGCAACCGAAGCCAUAGCCGGUUCAUAUUCUUCCGAGGGUUGUUUAGUCAUUUCAUCGAGUCGACUCGAUGAUGGUCACUUUUGGGAGUUGGUGGGUUCAAGUGUGGUUGACUCUUCGGUUCUUGCUAGGGAUCGGGCUAUAAAGUCUUUUGAAAUUUGGGGGCUAAGUAAAGGAGCUGUGAGCUCGUUAUAUUCGAUUUUAUUUACGGAAAAACCGGUUCCAUGUUUGCAGUAUGCAGCUUAUGUUAUUCUUUCGAGUCAACCGGUUUCCGACUCGGCUUUUGUGAUGGAAGACUCAUCGAGUUCUUUAGAUGAAACCGAAAAAGAUCCUCAUGAUUUGAGUUUAACAGUUCGGUUGAGGGAUGAAGUUUCAAGAUUUCUUGAAAAACCAUCUGAGAUUCUUUAUUCGGAUCUAGUAGCCCCAGAAAGAGUGAAUGUUUUUCUUGCAUGGUCAUUAUUAAUAUCACAUUUACUCUCAUCAUCAUCAUCAUCAUCUCGCACAAGGGAGAAGUUGAUUCAACACAUACAAGACUCAUCAAAUUCGACGAUAUUGGACUGCAUAUUCCAACACGUACCACUAGAAUUAUGCACUGUGAACAUAAAGAAGAAACUUUCGGAACUUCCGGAAGGUAUUGCUGAGGUGGCAGCCGCCGCCACGCGGGCAAUCACAGACAGUUCGGUGCUUUUUGCUGUUGAGUCGCUUUGGCCUGUGGGCCCGGAUGGAAUGGCAUCUUUUGCUGGUGCGAUAUAUGGAUUGAUGUUAACGACAGUUCCUGCUUAUGUUCGGGGAUGGUUUAAUGACAUACGUGAUCGUACUACUUCUUCUGCUAUAGAGUCCUUCACUAGAGCAUGGUGUAGCCCUCCUCUUAUUACAAAUGAAUUGUCUCAGAUCAAGAAAGCGAAUCUUUGUGAUGAGAAUUUUUCGGUUAGUGUGAGCAAAUCUGCAAAUGAGGUUGUUGCCACAUAUACAAAAGAUGAAACGGGUAUGGAUCUGGUGAUCCGUUUACCCGCAUCUUAUUCACUAAGACCCGUGGAUGUGGAAUGUACAAGAAGCCUUGGAAUCAGUGAAGUCAAACAAAGGAAAUGGUUGCUUUCAAUGAUGUCAUUCGUUCGUAAUCAAAAUGGAGCGUUAGCAGAAGCAAUUGGAAUAUGGAAAAGCAAUUUUGACAAGGAGUUUGAGGGUGUAGAAGAAUGCCCAAUAUGUUACAGUGUGAUUCAUACAGCAAAUCAUAGUCUUCCUCGACUUGCUUGUAGGACAUGCAAGCAUAAGUUCCAUUCUGCUUGUUUGUACAAGUGGUUCUCCACUUCUCACAAAUCUAAUUGCCCAUUGUGUCAAUCUCCAUUUUGAUCAUUAUAUUAAUUUUCAUUAGUUUUUAUAAGUUAUACGAGAGUUUUGUUUUUUAGAAAGCUUACUUUUGUAAUUAGGGUUUUGGACUUCUUGUUUGUUUCACAUUUUUGAAUUUGAAUUUGAGUUGUUGAAAUGAUUCUCAUUAUGGUGUUUUUGGUUCCAUCA